AUGGGCCUUUUGAACGAGCGAGCCAUGUGGGACAGCGAAAGCGAGGGCGAUGCUGCCGAAGUGGAAAAGCGCUUCCUGUUCAACAACAUCAAUCUCGCAGAAUACUCGUCGUCUGUCGCUACCCUCUGGACCUAUCUCUUCUCGACGCAAUGGCGCAUCUACAUCAUCCGCCUCUUGACAUUCCUGACGCCCAGCUUCCUGCAAGGUCGCUACGCUCGAGAGCAGCUUUGCCCGCAAAAGCUCUCCCCGACGGCCUACCUCGACGGCAUGCGUGGCCUGGCUGCCCUUUUCGUCUUCUCCUGCCACUACACCUACCAGGGCUUUGUCAUUGCCAAGGGCUGGGGCUGUGACGAAGAGAAUUAUGACAUACUCAAGCUUCCCUUCCUCCGAAUCUGGUUCCAGGGCCCGCAGGCCGUCUGCGUCUUCUUCGUCAUCUCCGGCUAUGCCUUGUCGUACCGACCCCUGAAGUUGGUCCGCGGCCGCUCCCUACCCGAAUUCUCCACCACGGUGAGCUCUCUCGUCUUUCGCCGGGCGCUCCGACUGUACCUACCGACGGCCGUUUCAACCUUCAUGAUUCUGUGCCUCUUGCGGAUCGGGGCCUACGAGUGGACCCGUGACUUUGCCAACGACCCGACUUAUAUGCCCAACGUCAUCGAACCCCACCCUCUGCGGAUGGAUAGCGCCUACGAGCAUUUCCAAGACUGGGCGCUGCAAAUGUACAGAUUCGUUCAUGUCUUUGGCUGGGAAAGGUUUGGCGGAAGCACAUCUUACGACGUACACCUGUGGACCAUUCCCGUUGAGUUUCGCUGCUCGCUGUAUCUGUUUCUGGUCCUUGUCGGCACGGCUCGUCUUCGGACCAGGUUUCGGCUUCUCGUUGUCGGUUUCGUCAUGUGGUUCACGUACCGGCACUCGCGAUGGGACUUGCUCCUGUUUGUGUGCGGCAUGCUCCUUGCGGAAUGGGAUCUCAUCCGGGGCGCACACACUGCCCCCCCUGCCCUGCCUCAGGACGAGAAGGAGGUCGAGAAGCCCUCCCGCUCACCGUGGGCAAGGCUAUUUUGGUCCCUGGCCAGCAUCCUCGGCCUCUACCUGCUGUGUCAACCCGACGACGGAGGGGAGAAUACGCCCGGAUGGCGCCGCCUGACGUCGAUGAUCCCCGAAUGGUGGGAGGAAGAGGAAUACCGGUAUUGGCAAUCGGUCGGCGCCUUUGUGUUCGUCGCUGCCGUCGGCCACUCCAGGGGCUGGCAACGCUUCUUCAACCUAGCGCCGGUGCAGUACCUGGGAAAGAUCUCGUACGCCCUGUACUUGAUGCACGGGCCUGCAAUGCACACCGUCGGCUAUCAUUUCGAGAACUGGGCGUACAGCCUGACCGGGGUGGAAGGGCACUGGUACACGGUCGGCUUUGUGCUGGGCGCUUGCUUCUGCGUGCCUACCGUCAUUUGGUGGGCCGACGUGUUCUGGAGGGCAGUUGACGUGCCGUCUGUCAAGUUUGCCAAGUGGGUGGAGAAGAGGUGUGCGGCCAAAAACUAG